AUGUUAACGGAGUCUGCAACGCCGCACUUUCCGUUUCUAACUCUGCUUGUGUCUGGUGGUCACACUAUGCUUGUGCUCGUGCAAAGUCUGGACAAGUUCCAGAUCCUUGCAGAUACGCUGGACGAUUCUGUCGGGUUCGUUGCUACAUCUACUGACCGCAGGAAUACAUUUGAUAAAUUUGCACGUACACUUGCGUUGGGCUGGCAAAGCGCUCCAGGCGCGCUUGUCGAGCAACUAGCCGCGCAGCAUACCGACGGAAACGCAGUUACGCUGCCCCGUAUCCUGCUCGGCGCGCCUAGUUUCUCCUACUCUGGUCUAAAGUCGGCGGCAAGCCGCGCAGUGCAGCGUGCGGGUGGCCCAGAGUCCAUGUCUACACAGGACAAGGCCGCGCUUGCACACGCAUUCCAGCACGCAGCAUUUGCACAGCUUGAGGAUAAAAUGGUGCGAGCGCUUGUUUGUAAAAAGCCGCCCAUGCGGAUCCCGAAAGGCUGGCAUUUACAUGAAACAUCAAAUAUACCCCCCGAGGCCAUCCAGAGCGUCGUGUGCAGUGGCGGCGUUGCGUCGAACAUGGAGCUGCGAAGGCGAUGUGCGCCUGUAUUUCCCUCCGUGCGUGAUCCUAUAUGCUAA